AUGACGCUUGUCUCUGAUCAAGUGCGGCGGCUUGACGCCUACCUGGACCGUCUGCCAGUUCUAUCCGAGGCAACUUCCGAAGAUGAACGCUCAGAGACUGAAGAGCAUGGUUUUGUUGUGGCUAAUGCCUUCUCAACUCCGCGUCUCGAUCACUUGCUUCGCACCAUUCAGUCACUGAGUACUACCUCGUCCUCGCAACCUCUUCUACCGGCUUGGCGUAUCAGAGAUCUCCUUACCUCAUCUGAAAUCCCUGCCCCUGCAAAUCUCUCAGUGAAGGAAACUCAAUCUGAUGACGCCAAGAGUCCUUACGAAAAUGAGCUGGAGUGGCUUCUCGUGAGCAAAGCCACCAUUCAACUCCAUGGUGUUAUCCUCAACACACUCCUAGAUCAAAUCGUCCCCCUUAAUGAUGAUGUUUGGUACUGGGAUGAAGUCUUGGGGACCUAUUCCUACAGUAGUCUCUAUGCUGUUCAGACGUCUCCUCUAAGGGUCUGGGCUUGGUCCCAAGAAGUCUACACUACUACCAAGUUACGGGUUCAGGCAGGUUCUCUUCACCAUGCCCCGGGCGAACUCGUCGAUUCUACAACAGAAAACAUUUCGCUACAGUGGUCUCAAUUCUAUGGUAUCGUGCAAGACAGUAUUCGGGAACGGUCAAUCGCCAAUAUUCAACGCAGAGUUCUGUCACCGGUUGCUUUGUCUCGCUCAGAGGCUCGACGCAAGCAGGCGCAGCUGAAGAAACUGCGGGAAAUCACAGCCAGUGGUCUUGGUGUAUUGAUGGAUGAAGGUCUCCAAUUUGGGCUUGAUGACGAUAAAGCUGAUCUUCAGGACCACCACGAUCUUAAGGGUGUCGUCGAGCGCAGUGUUGCACUCAUCGAUAUGGUUCUGAAAGAAGUCUCUACUCUAGAUGUUAACAUCAGCGAUUUUGAGGACAAGGUUUUUGCUGGAGUCGAGGAGGAUCCUGAGCUCUCCGUUCACAUGGACGGUAACACCACCACGGAUCGACCAGCUAUCCUGGCUCGACGACUACUCACCAUUAUUGAUAAGUCUCUUCCUGAGCACCUCACUGCUAUGCAUGCAUUGGCGAGAGAGAACGGUCGACCCAGUGCUCUCGUUCGUUACUGGCUCCCUACCAUUAUUGGUCUUCUUUCUUCAACAACUGUCCUACGUAUUUUGGUUAACCGAAAAGCUGAUAUUAUUGAAUGGUUCGUUGGAUUCGGCGCUACUAUCCGGGAUUUCUGGUUUAACUGGGUCAUCGAACCGACUUCGAAGAUUAUUUCAACUAUUCGACACGACAAGACCAGCGAAAUUGCAAUCAUGAGCAGGGAUAGCCUCAAGGCCGACCGCGAGAGCCUUGAGCGUAUGGUAGUUGACUUUGCGCUCGAUAAGCCGCACUUCGCCACGGAAGCUGGAAGCACUCUGACUGAUAUUCAAGUGGAUGAUAUCCGACACAAGGUUGCUGAAGGCGAUGUUACUCCUGUGCUGCGAGCUUUCGAGAAAGAUCUCCGAAGUCCUUUCAUGGGUACGAUCCGUGGAGAUCUCGUGCGGUCCCUCCUUAUCCAGGUCCAGAAGACAAAGGUUGACCUCGAGGUUGCCAUGACUGGUAUUGACUCUCUUCUCAAGAGCCAAGAACUUGUUUUCGGUUUCGUUGGUCUUACUCCCGGUGUUCUCGUCUCGUAUAGCCUGUUCCAAUACCUCCGUGGCGUCUUUGGUGGACGAUCUGGACAGCGUCAAACCCAUAAGGCUGGCAAGGCCAUCCGUGUUCUCCGCAAUGUGGACCGCAUUCUAUCUGAGGCCCGACCUACAGAGACUAAUCUUCUCUCGUACAAGGAUCACGGUCUCUUGCUCGCUGAAGUCCACAUUCUCAGAAACCUUGUCGACAAGCUCAUGCCUCGUGAGAUUGGCAGGGAGUUCCUCGAGGAUCUUGACGACCUAUCGAAUAUGAAGGGUAUCCAGCUGCAGACCAGGGCACUGGAGCGUAUCAGAUGGGCCUACGCUAGGUGGCUUCAUUAA